AUGGCCUCCGGCUCGGGAUAUCUUCCCUCCCAUCGCCUACAAACUGUCGACCUCGACAAGCGAUGGCCAGAAUCAUCGGUUACGAAUCAGAAUCUUACAAAAACUGCGGUUGUCAUUAUUGGUGGUGGCAUAUCUGGUAUGUGCACCGCGAUUGAUCUCUUGGUCAACCGGAAAAUCAGGAACUUUGUCAUCCUCGAGAAGAGUGGCGGCUUUGGAGGGACUUGGAGAGACAAUAAGUUUCCUGGUUGCUGUUGUGAUGUUUUCAGCGUUCUAUACUCGUAUUCAUUCGCCCAGAACCCACAAUGGUCGCAGAAAUAUCCCGGCCAGGAGGAAAUUCUUGAGUAUCUCACAGACGUUGCACAGAAGUAUGGGCUUUACAAGUACGCACGCUUCCACACUUCGGUGGAGGCUGCUACCUGGAAUGAGAAAACCUUGAAAUGGGAGACUACGGUUACCGUUGGUGGAGGAAAGGAGGCCGAAUUUUUGUCCACCUAUACCAUCUCGAGUGAUUUCUUGGUUGCAGCAACUGGACAGCUCAACAAACCCAAGGGACUUGAAGUACCUGGGUAUGAAGACUAUCAGGGAAAGAUCAUGCAUUCAGCCCGGUGGGAUUGGAGUUAUGAUCUGAAAGGAAGGAAGAUUGCCAUCAUUGGAACUGGCGCCACAGCUGCACAAAUUGCACCAGAAGUCGCCAAACUUGCUUCGCAGUUGACGAUCUGCCAAAGAACGCCUGCAUGGGUCAUUCCUCGCCACAAUACGAAAAUUCCCUCCUGGAAACGGUUAGCCUACACAUAUCUUCCACCCGUUCGCUGGAGAGGGCGUGCUGAGGCAAUGGAUUUUCGCGAAUCUUUUCAUUCUGCGGUCACUCAAGCUGAAUCCUCUUACGCCGUAUUGAUGAGGAAACUCAAUCAUACCUUGCUUCACGAACAACUAACAGAUCGACCAGACCUUCGAGAAAUGUUGGCACCUCAAUACCACCCGGGAUGUAAGAGGACCGUCAUCAGUGAUGAUUAUUACCCAACCCUGGCUAGGAAGAACGUCAGACUCGAGACUGGCCGCAUCGAAAGCUUUACAGCUGAAGGCAUCAAGUUCGCAGGGCGAGAAUCAACCGACGAGUUUGAUCUUGUUGUUUUGGCAACCGGGUUCGAUACAUUUUCAUUCCUAUCUCCGAUCAAGAUCCACGGCCAGAAUGGACGCUCCCUGGAAGAUAUCUGGGCGAAAGCUUCCCAUGCCUACAAAGGGGUGACGGUGCCGGGAUUACCGAAUUUCGGGAUUCUCUAUGGACCAAACACCAAUCUAUCACAUAAUUCUCUGAUUCUAGUCAUCGAGGCACAGACAAGAUACAUCUCGGUCUUGAUCGAGAAAGUGCUCCGUGCGAGAAGAAACGGCCAGACUCUUGCCAUAUCUCCCUCUGAAGACUCAACCAUGAGGUACUGGCACGAUGUCCAAAGUGCACUCCAGAAGACAUCGUUCUCGGACCCAAACUGCAAUAGUUGGUGGAAGAGGGACGAUGGCAUAAUUACAAAUAACUGGGCCGGCACAGCAGUUGACUAUCAAAAGAACCUGUCCACUGUGAGGUGGAGAGAUUAUCAUGCGACGGGUACGGCGAGCGCAGACGUUGAGUAUCUGAAAGGAAAGGGUACAAUCACCAGGAUUGGUAGAGUUAGAGAGGAGACCAAACUGAGCCGUGGAGCGUUGGGUAUUUUGGCAUUGGGAGUGAUGGGCGUGUUUAUGCAUGCAUUCUUUUCCAUUCUCUGA